CUCCCUCAGCUGGACUGAGUGGCAAAAGAACCUGCUGCGUGACUGGAUUUAAUAGAGGAAACUGCAAAAACGCAGGUCAUUUGUCACAACGAGCGAGACUGGUUGACAUGGAGCAUGCUAAAUCUCGAACCUCCGGGAAUCACCCGUUUGAAGAAAAGAGGAGAGUCUGCUGGCAAAAAGAAGACGAAAAAGAAGAAGAGCUUGUAAUAAAAUGAGAAUCAACAUUGGCUUGGCUUUUCGGAGAUGGCAAGAACUGAGGGAUUUUGAAAAGCAGCUUGGAGAUGGCGUUUAUUACUCAACAGAUGAGUAAGAUUGGCUACUAUUUGAGGGGUUUUGGCGCUGGAUUCUGACUCUACUCUUUGUCCCGGACCCCUCUGUUGUCCUAUUCGGGCUGAGCUCCAAGAAGGAUUCUGUGAAGCUAAUGAGGACCAAGUCCAGGUCCUCCCUGUCCAUCCCUCCCAGAGAAAGCCUAAUCCCGUUAGCUGUGCUUUCUCACGGAUAAUCCCUCCACUUCCCCACCUGCCCGUCCUUGAGCCCUCAGCCUCUCUCUGGGAUGACUGUCUUCUGCUGAACACUUCAGCAUGUUUAGCUGGGUGAUAAAAGUUGUUCCCCAGCCUCCAGCAGCUCCUGGAAAACUGGGAGAGGAGGAUCAGACCAAUGCGUCCACAGCAGCAGAAGUGACGAAAAAAGAGGACGUACAACAAGAUGCCAACCCUUCCAAGUCAAAGGAGGAGGUCUCAGAGGAAAACAGCUCUCAGAAUGGAGUUUUGAGUUGGCUUUCUCAUGGGUUCAACAGUGCUCUCCCUCAGCCAGUGAAUGCCUCUAAACUGGGCAACUCUGAAAUUAAGCAAGAGGAGAAUGCAGUGAGCAACAGGGCUGGAAUGAUAGGAUGGAUUGUGCAGGGACUGGGAAAAGUGGUUCCACAGCCAGAUGAGAAAUACAAGGGUCACACAGAGCCAGAGGAGGUCACUGAGGUGCAAGAGAUCAAAGACAUUCGUGAUGCUGAGCCGCUGCCUCAUAUUCCUGUGGUGGAGGUUGUGUCUGAUGAGGAGCCAGACGCUGCUAACGUUCCCUUCUCUCCCAGGGUAAUAGAAUGGAUUAAGAAUGGUUUUGAGAAGGUAGUCCCUCAGUCUCCAAUCAGUCUUCGUCCUCCUGGUACGGAAACACUUGUCCAGAGGGCUGCUUCUGCUCCUGUGACACCCUGCAAACAAGAGCCAGCACCUGAACCAACACCUGCUCCUGCACCUCCGCCUGCACCUGCACCAGCUCCAGCACCAGCACCUCCACCUCCACCUGCAGCCCCGCCUGCACCUGCACCUACACCUGCAUCAGAACCUGCACCUGCAGCUCCUGAGCAGCCUAAAGUAGUUGAGGAUUCCAAAGGCACGAAUAUGGUUGGCUGGAUUGUACAGGGGCUUGGACGCAUGAUGCCACAACCAGUACUGAAACCAAAAGAGGACAGCUCUGAUAUCGUUCAAAACGUCUGCAUCCUGCAGGACCCAUGUGAUAUGGUGCUGGAGGAGGUGGACUCAGACUUGGAGGCCCAGGAGAGGGAGCAGGAGCAGGAGCAGCAGGAUAGCUCCUUGCUGCAGGUGAUACCCAACAUCCUGCCACACGUGCUGGCCAUGCAGGAGCAGGAGGACGCGGAGACACAGACUGAACGCUGGACGCCUCUUAUUGAGAGCAUCAAGAAGGAAGCGGAGGAAACAGCCAUAGCAAACAUAGAGGAGAGACUGGAGCAGGAACGCGUGGAGGCAGCUCGCAUGGCGGAGGAUCUGGCCCGACAGGCUGCAGAAUUGGCCGUCAGACAGCUGGAGGAAGAACACACCUCUCAUAUCAUCAUUGAUACGAAAAACGAAGAACCAGACAAUGAUGAUCAACUGCCAAAUAUCCAGGAGGAAGAGAAUGAAGAAGACCCAGAGUUACAGCCGUUCCAUGAAGAGAGUGAGGAGGAGAAUGAGGAUAGUAAGAUCACAGAGAGCCUGGUGGACAUCUGCCCGGCGGAGCCGUCACCGCACGAGUCUGAGGUUUCAGAUCACCCACCCCAAAGUCCACCGCCUGUGACCACUCAGCCUGAGCGCUCCACAUCUUUACCUCCUGAUGCUAACCAGGAAGAGGAACUUCCAGAAGAAGAAUGUGGAGAAAGCAGCCAUGUGAAGACCGUUCCCAAAAUCAUCGUUGCACCAGAGUCAGACUCGAUGACCCUCACUGUUCCAAAUCUGAUGGCCCCCAGUAGAAUGCAGACAGCUCCUGGCGAGGAAGUUGAGGAUCCACACAUGACUGAUCUACUCAGUGUGGGCGAAGGCCUUGAGCGUCCCAUGUCUGCGGCCAGUCAAACAAGUAUAGUGAAUGAGCGACUGCAGGAGCUAGUCAAGCUGUUUAAGGGGCGAACAGAACGUGUAAGAGAGAAACUGACUGAUCCAGAUGAUUCUGAUGAGGAAAGCCCUUCGGCAUCUCCAGCCAAAAAGCCUGCCGAAGCCCCGCCUCCUCCACCACCUCCACCAGAGGAAAAGAAAGACGCUGAAGAGGCAGCUGAAGAGGAGGAGAAAAUCUAUGAGUUUAUGGGAUACAAGUUCCCAGUUCCUCAGUUGAAAAUGCCCGAGAUUCCUGAUUGGCUGAGAGCUAUACUGGAGUACCGUUUCCCGUCCAGCAUUGAUCCCUACACAGAUUUGACCUACGUGGUGUGGCUGUUCUUUGUGACACUUGCGUGGAACUGGAAUGUUUGGCUGAUCCCCGUGCGCUGCACUUUCCCGUAUCAGACCCCUGAGAACGUUCACUGGUGGCUGCUGAUGGACUACCUCUGUGACACCAUUUACAUUCUUGACAUCGUGAUCUUUCAGCCCAGACUGCAGUUUGUGAGAGGAGGAGACGUUGUGUGUGACAAAAAAGACAUGAGAGAGAACUACUUGCAAACAGAGCGAUUUAAGAUGGAUGUGAUCAGUCUCUUUCCACUGGAUGUCCUGUACGUCUUCACAGGUGUCAAAUCACUCUGGCGGUUUCCUCGCCUUCUAAAGUACAAUGCAUUCUUUGAGUUUAAUGAUCGUCUGGAGGCUGUGAUGAGCAAAGCAUACAUUUACAGGGUGAUCCGGACGAGUGCGUACUUGCUGUACUCUCUGCACUGUAAUGCCUGUAUUUUCUAUUGGGGUUCUGACUAUGAAGGACUGGGUUCUACUAAAUGGGUCUAUAAUGGCAAAGGAAACAGUUAUAUUCGCUGCUACUACUUUGCUGUGAAGACUCUGAUCACCAUCGGAGGUUUGCCUGAUCCCACCACUGUCUUUGAAAUCGUCUUCCAACUGGUCAACUACUUCGUGGGAGUCUUUGCUUUCUCCAUCAUGAUCGGUCAGAUGAGAGACGUAGUUGGAGCCGCCACAGCAGGUGAGGCCUACUACAGACACUGUGUGGACAGCACCGUCAAAUACAUGACCUCCUACAAGAUCCCCCGUGAGGUCCAGAACCGAGUGAAGACCUGGUACGACUACACCUGGAAGUCGCAAGGCAUGCUGGAUGAACAGGAGUUACUUGUACAGCUACCAGAUAAGAUGCGUCUGGACAUCGCAGCAGACGUAAACUACAGCAUUGUCAGUAAAGUGGCGCUCUUUCAGGGAUGUGACAGACAGAUGAUAUUUGACAUGCUCAACAGGCUGAAAUCUGUGGUGUACCUUCCAGGAGACUCUGUUUGUAAAAAAGGUGAGAUCGGCCGAGAGAUGUACAUCAUCAAAGCUGGAGAGGUGCAGGUGGUUGGAGGGCCUGAUGGGAAGACGGUGUUUGUGACUCUUAGAGCUGGUUCUGUGUUUGGCGAAAUUAGUUUGCUGGCAGGUGGUGGUGGAAACCGACGAACAGCUAACGUAAAGGCCCAUGGUUUUGCUAACCUCUUCAUCUUGGAUAAGAAGGACCUGGCAGACAUCUUAGUGCACUACCCCGAGUCCCAGAAGCUACUGCGCAAGAAGGCCAAGAAAAUGUUGACCAAAGAUAAGAAGCCAGAUGAGAAGGUUAAAGAGACGGGUGAGGUCAUCACGGAGCGGCCAGAGACACCCAAACUCUUCAAGGCUGCCCUGGAGGUUGCUUCAGGACAAACGUUUGCCAAGCUGAAGGAGGCAUAUAAGGGAGCAACUCUAGAGCCGUCGACCUCCAGAGGUCCAGUGCCCCCUCCCUCCCCCGUGCACCGCCGUUCACCCAUUCCCCGGCCUCGUGUACCAGAUGAAGAUGACAUGGUAUCAGAGACCACUGACAGCACCAUGGUCAUCCGCAUGACUCCCCGCAUUGAGGGAGAGGAGAUCCUUUCCGUGGAGGUCGGUCCUGGAGAGGGGGUGGAAGUUGAGGAGGAAGAGCCGAAAACUUAAUGUCUUAGUGAGAGAAAGGAAGAGGGCAAGGACAGAGCAGAGUAGGGAUAGAAAGCCUGAAGAAAAGCCCAUUGCAUAAAACCCUUGUCAUGCUUUCUAUAUUAGUGUGUUGGUGAAAUUCCUACACAUGCUUUUCAGCCAGGUCAUGCCAAACAUGUUUUCAAGACUCUUGUAGAACCCUUUUGGAGAACCUCUAGGUACCUAUUCAAAAAGGACAGUUCCCUAAGGAACCCAUAACUCAACAAGAACUCUAAGGGCUGUCAAUGGUUCUUCUAGUAACCUCAUCAUAAGACAUUUUUGAGGCAUAUUGGCAGUGAUACACGAUAUCUGAAGCACUUCCAUUUGCAUAGAGGUUCUCGAGAGGUGAAAAAUAUAAAAUUUUUACAACCACACUGCUGUCAAAAUAAUAUUAUAUGAAGGUGAAUUGCAUCUGGGGAGUAUUCCAGAAAGACGGGUAAACUUACUGUCAUUAAAACCCUAAACUCUUUGUUGAUUAAUCCUUACUCAGUAAUCGGUUCCAGGAGUAAGUUCAGUCAAAUCAAAGUAUGUUCACUGUAAACACACAAAAACAUUUUCAACAGGAGUCACCAAGGAAAUGGACGCUUAAAGAAGCACUCUUUAUGCUGCUUUCACACCAUGUCGUACUAACCGUAAGCUCGAAAUGACAACACGUGAUGUUCUAUUCAGAGCUGUUCACGUCCUCAGACUAUGAAUUAUGUGUUUCUAUAGCGACACUGUCAACAUCUAAAUUAAUCUGCAGCGGUCAGGUGGUACACCAGUCACGUGAUACAAGUAGGAGCUCUCAGAAAAUUCCCAUUUUACAAGCUGUAAUUACGAGUUCUACAAGGACGUUAUUUGCUUUUUUACAAGUUGAAAUCUCGAAAUUAUGGUAAAUUCAGCAUGCCGUGAAUGCACCUUCACUUAUCCUUCUUCUUUUGUUUAUUGGCAAUUUACAUUCUUAGUGCAUAUCUCCAUCUACUGAGCAGUUGUGCAAUCAUUUUUUAUGAUCAUGUUCUAAAGCCCAAAGUAUACUUCUUUUUUUUACGUGUGCGCGCACAGUCGAACACACAGCUUUGCAAAGUAUACUUCAUUUGACUCGUAUGCAUACACAGGCGUUUUGAGUAAUCUCUCGCCAUGAUUUACAACCCAUGUGAAUAUCUUUCAUGCUAGAGUUGUAAAAAUAAGGGUACUUUCUAACCUCUUCGCACAAUCUGUCCCCUAUGUAGGCCUCCAUUGUCACUGUAGCUUGCAUGCGUUCCGUUCUGUUCUGUUUAUGCAGUUUUUCUUCGACUACCUUGUGAAUCGACGCCCCCAGGGCACGGUUGACACCUUGUGGAUAAACUAAUUACUGCAAAAAAAUUAAAUGCGCAUGUGUGACCUGCGCGUACUACAAGUACGGAUACAAAACUCCAGCGGUCCGCGUACAGUACGCGCAUAGUCUUCUGAUGACGAAAUUCACGUCACAUGCACUGUAUGCUGACCCUCGCGUAUUCAUAAAAAAUGAAGUAUACUUUGGGCUUAAUCUAUAAUUAGUUUUUUGUUACUGUAAACAAGAAUUAUAUUGUUAUUUAAAGCUAAAUUUCUGAAUUAAAAAAGAAAGACUGAUUGAACAAAAAAACUGCUUGCAAAGAUAAUAUGGCUAUAUGAGUUUGUUUAGUCACAUAUGUAUUUAUCUUUUAUAUUUUUAUUAAUAUUAUUAUAGAAAACCUUUUAAAUGCAGCUCCACGAUGUGUGAGAUGAGAAUAAAACAGAGUAAAAUUAGAGUUAUAAAAUAAAAUAGAAUAAACAAUGCUUUAUGUUAUAAUAGUGCUUUAUAAUUUUUCAUAUCUAUAUAAUACAAUAUAAUGUGAAAUCUGUCAUGCUCACUGAAGCCGCAUCAAUAAGGCACAAAUGCGUUCAAUACCUCUGAAGUAAACUAACGCUGGAAUAUAACCUGCACCAGCUACUUACAUACCCUCUAAGUUACCUCAGUUUUUGGAAUCGAAAGUUUAUAUGUUAACUUAUCUGCAAACUUACCCGGGUAUGUGGCAUAACCUGCUUUCUGGAAUACACCCCCCAUAACAUUACUCAGACUCUCCUCCAAACUGCCAUUGGUCAGAUAAACGGAUAGCCCCGCCUCAAACUCUCUCCAUUGGUUGAGGCAGUGUUGCUGUGUGAGUAAUGUUUUGAAAGCUCCACAGUGUUUACAUUUGUGUGGAAUGAACCUGUUUGCUCACCUGUCGGUGUAUAUUAAGGUGAGAUAGCUAAAAGUAUUUCAACAUGGGAAAAAUGACACACAUCACCUUUUACUUCCCUUUAAGGACUGUGAUAGAUGUUUAGGACUCAAGGGCCAUUAGGGUCAGCAGAACUCCCUGUGUAAUGGAAAGUAAUCUUGACUAUUUUCCACAGCACAUGCUGCUCUAACUCCAAUACUGCCUGCUGCUCUGCAUCUCAUUCCAACAUCCUGUCUGUUAUUGCCUUAGCGGAUUCCCUCUGUACACAUGCUCUUGUGCACACAUUUACACAAUGACCUUGUACAGUUAUGUCUAGUCAAACUAUAUAUAUAUAUAUAUAUGUUAAAUAUAUAAUUCACCAAAAAAUGAAAAUCCUGACAUCAUUUAUUCAACCUCAUGUCGUUUCAAACCUGUUUGACUUUCUUUCCUUUGUGGAACAUUAAAGUAGUUUAAAAUAUUUUAAUGUAUAACAACAUUAAAAUAUUUUGAGCAAUGGAAAUCAGUGUUUUGUUUUUCUUUUUGUUUUGUUCUUACAUACAAUGGAAGUCAAUGGUCACCAAAAGUGUUUGGGUGAGUGAAUGAUGGCAGAAUUGUCAUUUUUUAGGAAACUAUCCCAUUAAAAUGAUCCCAUUAUCCCAUUAAUUUCUGUCUAGUCACAUUAAAUACACAUUAACAUUGAAUGAGCUGUGGUGUUACAAAGUGAUGUUGUGCUACAUUACCAUGUAAAGGGGAUUUUCAUGCUUUAUUGAAUAUAACUGUUACAUUUCUAUUAUUAGGCGAGUCUAUAUAGCUGAACAAAUUUGUUAUGGUCUCUCUCAAAAGACUUGUGAAAGUCACAUGCUGAAAAUACCCUGCUGAGAUUUCCGUGUGCUUUGAUAUGUACUACGAGUACUAAUCAAUUAUGAAUGAUUUUUUAGUGUUUCCAGGUCAGUUCAUGCUGAACUACUAGUGUGAAUAGACACCAAAGAAUCUAUAAAUGGAAAUUUACAGCAUACUUUUAAUUGUAUUUUUUGAGAAUCCUUCAUUUGUGUCUCAGAAAGCCCUAAUUUCUUUGUAAGAGGCUGAAGAAUGGGCAGGAAUUAGGUUGAUUGCAUGUAAUGGGUGGUCUAUUUUUGUAUACAGAAACAUAAGCGAAAUUGCCUGAGCCCUGUGACGGGACCCACUAAUUACUCUUACAUUGCUUUUUGGUCCUUGGAGAUGGGGACAACCCAUAAAGAUUUUGUACCGGGCGCUGUUACUUUAAACUGAUAAAACCUGGAAGUAUGUGGGAAAAAUCAAAAGUGAUUUCUUGUAAAACAGGUCUAAAUGCUCCUGGAAAUCACUUAUCCAAGUCAGACACUGACUCUGACUUACACACUGACAGGAAGAGCACAGGAAGAAUGAGGAUUUUUUUUCAUUGUUCCUUUCUUGCUCCGCAAGACCAGAGGCAGGAAAUAUAAAGGCGGGAAUCUGAGGGACAAUCCUGGGUUUGUUAAGUGACUGCUGAACAACGAGGUCCACACUUUACAGCAGCAUGCAGGAACUGUUAAAGGGAUAGUUACCCAAAAAAUGAAAAUUCUGUCAUCAUUUACUCACGCUUUACUCAGUGGAGUGCAAGAGAACAUAUUUUGGAGAAUAUAUCAGUGUUUUUAACCAUACAAUCAAAAUCAGUGCGAUCCAAUGUUGUUUUGGACCCUUUUUAUAUUCAUUAUAUGGACAAAAACAGUUGAAACAUUCUUCAAAAUAUUGGACAAAAGUCAAACAGGUUUGGAACGACAUGUUGGG